CAUAGGAUCUUAAAGAGACUGAAAAUUAAAGAGCCAAAGGAGAUUGAGCUAGAUUGUCUGGAGCAGGGCUUCUCCAUCUAUCUGAAUGGAGCUAAUGCUAACGCUAGCAAGCAGACCAAGAGACCCAACCAGAAGUCUGUCACCUCGCCACCGCCCGCUCUGAGAGCUACACACACGGCUGAUGCCUCCAGAAGGGGUUCGCAGCUAGCAGAGGAGGAAAUCCACAAUCUGGAGGUGAACAGCAGGAAGAGGAGUCUCACUGCCCUGGGAAAAGUGCAGAGGAGAGAAUGGGGUCCGAACUCGAUCAAUAUUCGAACAGAACAAGGACCCUGUUUGCAGAUAUCUCCAGAGAGACGGUACUCUGAAGACUUUGAGCCCUACGACAGCAUAGAGAUGGAGCGGUCGAGUCCACGCUCUCCUCAUAGUCCCCACUCGCGGCGAGAAUCAUGUAAGGUGUCACGUUCGUUUGGCUCCAGGGCUGAUGGCCGAGGAGGUAGCCAGGUGGAGCCUGAACAUCAAAGCGAACGUGUCCUACUCAACAUUAACGAGGUCAAGGUGCUUCGACGGAGCCUGGAGGUGAGCAUGCGGAGGAGCAGCGACAGCCGGGGGUCGGCGGGAGAGGAGUCAGACGAGGAGUGGGUGGAGGAGCAGAUUGAGAGGGAGGAGAGCACGGAGAGCCUGGAAGAGCUAGGUCUGCCUCUUUCCUCCUCCAACAAAACAUCUACUAACACAAACCAUCCGCGAGCCACUGGGCCCAAAGGCUGCCUUCACGACCCUGCAGACCUUAUAGUGCUGGACUUUGGGCCCUCUCCUAAAGGCCGUAAGAUCGAGAGUUUGCUGUCGGCCAAGAGGAAAGACAACCUGGAGACCUACAUACCCACCAAGCCUCUGCUGGUGAAGAGCAAAACUCUGGACAGGCCCUCUUCAGAAGAGUGCAGGGAUGGCAGAGAUCCUCAACGGCCGUGGAAUCAUGUAGAGCGCCCCCUGUCUGCAGCAAGGAAGGCCUCCCAAGAGGAGCGCGACUCGGAGGAGACGGCUUGCAGGGUGCUCCAGGCCCUGCAGAGAGAGAACAGCCCAUUGCAGAGCCCCGAGCCCAGGGCCUUCAGCCGCACCCCGGUGAUGGGACACCAGAUGAUGAACGGCUCGCUGCGUGACUACGAUGACGACAAAGAUGAAAGUGGGGUGACCAGAGCCAUGCAGAGAGUCAUCCUCAUGGGUCCCAGGCAACAGCAGAGACUACUAAAGGCAUUGGAGAAACUAGAGGCAGGCACAAACUUUGAAAUCCCGCAGACAGUGAAGACGGAUAAUAGCAAACCACCGAGGAGGCGGGUCUCGGUGGAGGCACCACCCACCGUGUACGUCACCAUGGAGAUCCUGAGUAACUGGGGGAACAGGUGCCAGGUGGGGCUGACGGAGAUGCAGUUCUUCGGCCCAGGGAACAGGAAGCUGUACGUGUCGCCUCACGACUUGGACAUCCGGAACGCCGACUCCCCUGGGAACCUCGGAGUGCUAGUCAAUGGGAAUGCUAAGACCACAAAGGAGUGCCAUAUGUGGACCUGUCCUUUCCAUCUCCCGGUUCAACUGUACUUCAUCAUCAGGAACUUGGAGCGCUCUCCGGACUUUGGGAUAUCCCUGAUCAAGAUCUGGAACUACAACAGGAGCCUCAGUGACCUGGACGUUGGUGCCCGGCAUGUGAAUCUUUACCUCAACAGCACUCUGGUGUUUGAAGGUGAGCUGGACAAGGGCUGUGGCAACCAGAUCUUUGAUUACAACACCAGCAUCGACCUCCAGGCACUCCAAGUCCCAGAAUCCUUCUCUCCCAGCCCAGUGGGGUCCGGCCACAGUCUGCGGGGUGCCAGCCCACAGCGCCAUGACGAGAGUGGCGCGUGGGUGGAAAGCCGAGGGGAGAAUCGAGACCCCAACCACAGACUAUCUGAGGGGCUAGCCCAGGUCAGGAUAGACAUGCAGGAUCAAAUCGACAAUCCCCCCUCCCCCACAUCUACAAACUGUCCCCCCCUACAGAGGGACUCCUUUGACAUGGACCCUCCGGACCUGGCCCUCCCCCACCCCCCUCUGAAACAGCAGCUGGAGCAGUCGGGUCAACCCACAGAGUGCACAGUCACCACCCAGCCUUCUUCCUCCAGGAGUCCCCAGUGGCUACAGCCCCUGGCCCGGAGCGCCCCCGAGGGCUGCGAGGCCGGAAGGGAGAGACCCCUCUGGCUAGUGCCCCAGCAGUCUGUGGAGCCCAAACCUCCCCUCCCCCAAUCCACCUCUACCUCGGUGCUCCCGGAGCUGGGCUGUAACCCGGGGAGGGUGUGUCGGGGGGUGGAGAGGACUGUGAACGAGGGCCAAUGGUGUGCAGAUUCUCUGGACCUGGGAGGUGACCAGCAGCACCAGGACCGGCCUGUUAGUGGACGUAGGAGCUCAGGCAUGAACAACAACACUAGUAGCAGAAAACCAGCAGAGGAGCACCAGCAUGGAGCCAUUGGACUGACCACAGAGGAGCCAAGUUCAGUGUCAGGCAGCAUCAGCAAGAGGCAGCAUCGUACCCACCGGGCCACGCUCCACAGCCUGCAGGCCCAGGAUGACAACCUCAUGGAGUCCUGGGACUCCCUCACAAAGUUCAACCAGUGCCAGCGUGGUCGCAUCUCCAACAUGGGCUUCGAGGGCGACAUCUUUGACGAGUUGCUCCAGCGUUCCUCCAGAGCCGGCAGUAUCGCCACAAUCACCUCCGACCCAGCAGGCCCCCCCUGCAGCCCCUUCCCCUCUUCGUCCCACCUCUCUUCACCCGCCCCUCAAGGGGGCUUCUGCGAUGAUCCGGUGGAUGACCUUUUCGCGGAGCCAGAAUUUGAGAUUCCGGUCCUCCCACGUGGUCAACGUCUGGUCAUUAACAUCCUGUCCACAUGGGGUGACCGCCACUACGUGGGCCUCAACGGUCUGGAAGUCUUCAGCUCCAGCGGUCAGCCCGUCCGGCCCGCCCACAUCCAAGCCGACCCGCCUGAUAUUAACGUGCUGCCCGCCUACGGCAAAGACCCGCGCGUGGUUGCCAACCUAAUCGACGGAAUCAACCGCACGCAGGACGACAUGCACCUGUGGCUGGCGCCGUUCACCCAGGGGAUGAGUCACGUGAUCUACCUGGAGUUUGCUGGGCCAUGUCAGGUGGCCAUGAUAAGAGUGUGGAAUUACAACAAGUCCAGGAUCCACUCGUUCAGGGGGGUGAAGGAGGCUGAGAUGCUGCUGGAUGGGAGGUGCAUCUUCAGGGGAGAGAUCGCCAAGGCGUCAGGGACACUGUCUGGAGGUCUGGACCAGUUUGGGGACACCAUCUUGUUCACCACGGAUGAUGAGAUCCUGGAGGCUAUGUCGCGCUACGACGAGACGUUCUGUGGGGAGGCGGAGGGCUUCGAAGAACUGGUGGGGUAUGAGGAGGAGCUGCAGAGGCCUCGCACGGCCGACGGAGAGGGGGAGGAACGACCUUUCACCCAGGCUGGCUUCAGACCCGAGGACGACCUCGCUUUAAAACUCCAUCUGAACCCUACUGAUGGUCAGUCUGAGGAGACCCUGGAGCAGAUCCCAGGAAUGUACAACGGAAAGUGCCUUAGGAUAGAGUUGAGCAUGACGUGGGGAGACUCCCACUACCUGGGACUGACAGGGUUAGAGGUGGUGGGGAAGGAGGGGGACAGCCUGCAUCUGGACCUGACCAUGGUGGAUGCCUCGCCACGGGACCUCAACGACCUGCCUGAGUACAACCAGGAAGCACGCACCCUCGAUAAACUCAUUGAUGGCCACAACAUCACCACUGAGGACCAGCACAUGUGGCUGAUUCCAUUCUCCUGUGGCCAGCACCACACCCUGACGGUGAACUUUGACAAGGCCCAGACGGUGGCUGGCCUCCGCAUCUGGAACUACAACAAGACCCCAGAGGACUCCUACAGGGGGGUGAAGGUGAUCCAUGUGUCUCUGGACAAUACGCUCAUCUCUCCAGCAGAGGGCUUCCUCAUCAGGAAGGGACCAGGGAACUGUCACUUUGACUUUGCUCAGGAGAUCCUCUUCAUCGACUUUCUCCAGACCCCCACCACUGGCCUGGUCAACAGCAAGAGUACUGGAGAGGACUCGGCCUACACACUCAAGGCUGGCUCCAGAAGACAGGAGCAAGCCAGCAUGGACUACGAGGCCCCCAUCAUGCCUUGUGGAUUCAUCUUCCAGCUGCAGCUGCUGACCACCUGGGGUGACCCCUACUACAUUGGCAUGAACGGCCUGGAGAUCUAUGACCAAAACGACAAGAAGAUACCCCUCAGUGACAACAAUGUCGCUGCGUUCCCAGACAGUGUGAAUGUCCUGGACAGUGUGAACGGUGACGUGAGGACUCCAGAUAAGCUGGUAGAUGGAGUGAACAACUCUCAUGAUGGCAUACACAUGUGGCUAGCACCGGUACUCCCCGGACUGGUGAAUCGCGUGUAUCUCAUAUUUGACCAGCCAGUGACCGUGUCCAUGAUCAAACUGUGGAACUACUCCAAGACACCACAGAGGGGGGUAAAGGAGUUUGGGCUGCUAGUAGAUGACCUCCUGGUGUAUAACGGCAUCUUGGACAGUGUGAGCCAGGCGGCGCGGGGCAUCCUGCCCACCUGUGACCCGGCGGUGCCCUACCACACCAUUCUCUUCACCGACAACGCCCACAUUGCCCACCGUGAAAGGAACACUGUCAUCAGCCCCCGCGGUAGCAGACAUCGUGAUCUGAAACCCAAUUAUGUGGAGGACCAAGAUGUGAAGAUGACCAAUGAGAACGAGAUAGUCCAUCACCACAAGAAGAAACAAACAGCUGAUCCAGCGCUUCGGCCUAAAACCUGCAUGACAGACACUGGGAAGCUCGGGAAAAGGAGGUACUGACAGAUGGACUGACAGGCAGAUGAUCGGACAGACUGACGUUGAUGGAGUCCCCCUGGUCAAAUGGAGGGAACAGAAAGGAAAGGAUGACGGUUUACUGACAAUCUGCACUAUCCCACUCGGGGGGACUUUUAACACAAAGCCUUGACCAGCUGAAAAUAACCAUUUCCAUUGCCCUCAAUCAGUAAUUACACUGUAGGGAAGUGUUGCCUAGUGACAGCCCUUGUGUGUAAGUUGGGUCUACUUUAGAAGAGCACAGAGCUUGUACAGAACACAUUUUGUUUGUAUCCAUCUGGCCACAGGAUCAGCCUUCCAUUUUCUCAUUGGCUUGGUUUUCUUGCCACUUGUUCUCUCUAGACUCCUACGUUUCAUCAGAUUAAUAGUACCUGUGUAGUAUUACUACAUCACAUAAUACCUGUGUAGUACUACAUCAGAUGAAGAGUACCGUACCUGUGUAAUACUAUGUCAGUACUACAUCACAUGUAUAGAACCUUUGUUGUUGCACCUGUUUUGAUUGUCCUGUUCACAGUGUCAGGGUGAACCUAUAUAAGGCUGCUAUGUCGGCCAUCUUCGUGCCUAGUUCUAUUACGGCUCCUAUCUGUCGCUGCUUCUCGUGAUGUUGUGCUGCAUUCUCCUGCUGCCACUGAUGCACAGAUACUCAAAUAUGAAUUCAGUGGCAACAAGUACACUCUUAGUAGAUGGGAUCUAGAUCCUAUAUUUAUAAAUGAGUUGUAUUCAUGAAAAGCCUAGUGGGCUAUAGAUUUGAUAGCCCCUAGCCUCUAGCCUAGUGGCAUAACACAUGGAAAUGUAGUAAUGCACCUGCAAUCUGCACCAACACACAUGAAUGCUAUGCAGUAAACCUGUUAAGGUUUUCUCAUGUCUGUUUUAUCUAGGUGCAUUUGGUGGCAGAUGGGGUUUUAAUACAAAGGGUGGAGAAUAUGACUGCCUUUUCCAUAAAGUAGAAUCAAGCAGAAUAUUGGUCACAUUGAAGCAAUAGGUCUGAUACAGUUGAGCCAUGCAAGACCACUCCAUUUGCCUAAAGGCCCAAUGCAGAUGUUUUCUAUCAAUUUUAAAUCAUUUCUAGGUAACAAUUAAUUACCUUACUGUAAUAGAAUUCCGUUAAAAUGGGAAAAAGUCAUUUUUUAGCAAAUAACUAUUUCUCAAGCAAGAAUGUUCCUUGGACUGUAUGGGAGUGGGUUGAGUAGGGAGGAGGAAACUGAAAACUAGCUGUUAUUGGCAGAGUGGUUUGGAACUCUCUUUGUUAUUGGUCUAUUAAACAAUUUACCGCAUGGUGAUAUCACCAUGGAAAGCCGAAAAUCCCGCCCAUGCAGACCUGCUGAUUAGAAGGACCUAUCAGGAAAUAACACCGAUCACAUUUUUUCAGACUUUUACAGUGUUAGUUUCAUCAACUGUUGUAUAAUAUGAUAGAAAACACAGGGGAAACAAAUUGUGACUGCACUGGGCCUUUAACACAGAAACAGUACACUUGCUUCUUAGAUGUAUAUUUUACAGCACUGAAUAUAUUCAUCUAUAAUAUUUUGGAUUAAUGAAUAUAUUGGUGAACAUGUGUAUAUAUACACACACACCCACAGUUAUUAGAAAAACUUAUUUGAAAAAUAAGUGACCUUUUAUUGAAGUUGUUUUAUGUGAAAAUAUUUUUGGAGACCCAUUUUGUUUUGCGAAAAUUGUCAAAUAUAAUUAACACCAAAAGUUUAUUGGAGAUAUAUUACCAAUAUAUACAUUGUUGUGUGAACAUCAUGUUGGCUUUUGGUUGAAAAACACCUAAGAAUAUGUAACCAGAAACAACUUAAUAUUUAACUUAAUAUAUAGCCUAUUUCUUACUUUAUACCCUUGUACUGAAUAUGACAGAGGAGUUGCAUUGUUUUUUUGAAAUGCUGAAAUGCUGUCAGUCUACAGGUAUUCACACUGCACCUGAGUGAUGAUGGCUAUUGCUUGAUGUGUGACAUUCUGUUUUGAAAUAUUUUAUUUUUUAAAUCUUGUUCAAAUACAUGUAUAUUUCAUGUAGGUACAUUUUAAUAUAUUAAAUAAUUGAGAAACCAAGUGA